CAAAAUUCACAACUCCCACCCGAAGGACAUUUUCGGGCGGCAUCCAGCAACUACCGCUCUCCCACGAUCACUUCAAUCCCCGUCGCCAACACAUCACAAAUCAGUCAAGAUGACCAAGCGCACAAAGAAGGUCGGUGUCACCGGUAAAUAUGGUACCCGUUACGGUGCCUCCCUGCGUAAGCAGGUGAAGAAGAUGGAAAUCACUCAGCACGCCAAGUACACCUGCACCUUCUGCGGCAAGGUCACCGUCCGCCGCCAGGCUGUCGGUAUCUGGGACUGCAAGGGCUGCAAGCGCACUGUCGCCGGUGGUGCCUACACCGUCUCUACUCCUGCCGCCGCUGCCACCCGCUCGACGCUCCGUCGUCUCCGGGAGAUCGCUGAGGUCUAAAGCCUCUUGUCGUUUUCAGCAUGGAAGGGAACUAGGGCGCGAAAGAGCAUUUCGAAUUUCGGCUUCACUUUUCGGAACGGUGUCCUGGGGGUAGUAAACGGAAUGGAAUGGUUUUUCAUUCAAGGAUUGACUCGUGCCUUCGCAUACUACGAGUGCUUAUGACGAUUGGACGUUGGGACCC